GCUAUUAACUAAAUAACUGUUAGCUACUAAAUCGGUCUGUGCUAGCAGCGCGCGAACAAAGCAACGCCUUUGAUUGGAGCGUAUUCCCACAUCAGUCACGUGAUAUUUUUAAACCAAGAUGACGGAUUAUAUCAUUGAAAUUACUAACAUGGCAGCUUUUGAGUUCAAGAACAUGGCCUGUGUCUGAAAAUAUUUGUGUGAGUGACUUGUGGUGGAGGCCUGACAUAUCCUCAGCAUUAUUAUAGGACGGAGCUUGUGUAGUUUAUAUCCAUUAGUAGUGAUUACCUUAAUCACUACAUAUCUCAAAGCAGCUGAUAGCUGCUGAAGGGACUGCCAUCACGUUCACUUUUCUUUUUACAACAUGGAUUACCACAUUUCACAGAUUGAAUAGUAGCAUGUUGCUGAUAGUAUGUUAUCCUACAAACAAUAUAACCUUUUAACCUUUUUUGCAACGUGCGUUCGUUCAUUCAGUUCGCUUUCCCCGGUAUGAAUAUUUUACUCUUUUAUUCUGAAAAUAAUAAUCAAACCGGAAACGGUCUACUUGUUCCUGCCGGGGCCAACAUGGCGGCCGACGCAGACCAGAGGGAUUAUUUCGUAAGAGAAAUUGAGAAAAACGACGGGUUGACUCUAAAGGUGAAGCAGUGCUACUUGGGAGACGUCGGCUGCGUCGUUUGGGACGCGGCCAUCGUUCUGGCAAAAUAUUUGGAGACAAAACAAUUUUACGACCCGUCCUCCGGAGUGAACGCCUGGGCUGGGAGGACGGUCGUGGAGUUAGGAGCCGGGACGGGAGCGGUUGGUUUGAUGGCAGCAACACUGGGAGCUGUAGUUACUGUGACGGACCUGGAGGACCUGCAGACCCUGCUGAGUCUAAACAUCCGGGAAAACCAGGCACUCAUCAGUAGUGGAUCAGUAACUGCAAAGGUACUUAAAUGGGGUGAAGAUGUGUCUCACUUUGGGUCUCCCCCACAUUAUGUCCUGAUGGCAGAUUGCAUCUAUUAUGAGCAGUCUAUUGUUCCACUAGUGGAGAGCUUGAUGCUGCUCUCUGGACCAGAGACCUGCAUCAUUUGCUGCUACGAGCAGCGCACAGAGGGGGUCAACCCCAACGUGGAAAGGCAGUUUUUUGAGUUGCUGCGCCAAAAUUUCAACUGUGAGGAGAUCCCUUCAGAAAAGCAAGACCCCGAGUUUAGUAGUCCAGACAUUCACAUCCUGCACAUCCGGAGGAAAGUCUGAUGUGCCCAUAACAAUGUAUCUUCGUUCCUGCCCCCUUGCACCGUUUUGUUUAUGUGAAAAGGCGUUAAAUAUUAUUGUGCUGGUACAGUGAUCAGAUUAAAAGAAGACCACUGUAAAAUGUUUUUUUCAUACACUAUUAAAUACAAGUUUUUACAACAUAA